GCUUCAGGUGAAUAAACAAGCAAGAAAGAGAUCAGAGAGCCAUGUUCAACACCAAGCUUGUCGCUCUCACCAUCGUGUGUCUCUUCUUGGCUUCUAACUGUCAGUUAGUCUCACCGUUUCGAGCGGCCCAACUGCUCUAUGCAGAUCCUCCGGCAGACAAUGGUCACAACAAAGCCGGAGUAGGAGGAAGCCCAGUGCGACGGGACGGUGGUCAUACAGGGAACACCUCGCACUCUGGGACAAUGCCACCGUCGCCACCAACAGUGGCUAAGUACGCGUACAAUUCCACGAACGCCACUGUUAGCUGCCAGUCCCCGCAUGGAUCCUCAACUUCCACCACGACGACUAUCACCAGUUCGAAUAUCAACAGCCCGACUGGUGUCCCCACAAACACAAGUGCAACCGCAGAAUGCCGGAUUGUUGAAUCCCCUUAGAAUAUACUGAUCCCUCACAAUUUCCACGGCCGGCUUCCUCAUCUCUUAUCACGCAUGGAAAGGACGCCGAAAAAGUAGUUAUUUGGUUUGGAUUUAUUAUCGAAUGUAUAUGGGGGUCUCUCUCCUCCAACCUAAUAGGGCUUUCUUAAAUUUGUAUGCAUUCAUGUAUGUCAGCUUGGGAAUACGAUAUUAAUUCUAUCCUCAAGUUAUUAAUUAUACAUCGUCUUAAAAUGG